CUCGCUUCUCACAAAAGUUUCGUUGUCGACUCUGUGUGUUGCUGUUGUCUUUCCUUGAAGUCAGUCUAACCGGUUAAUUUAGAUGUUGAGGGCCUCAUGGCCCUUGAUAUACUCAGCAUUUACUCCAAAAACUAGAACAACCUUCGAGAAACCUGGCGUAUAUUUGGCGUUUCGUGCUGGCACCUUCAUCCGCAAUUUGGCCCUCACAAGAGCACCCAUAGACGAACGAGACGAUACGUUGGAUAGCGGAGCAAAUCUUCCCGGCUACCAUUUUCCCCCAUUCCCUCUGGUUUCUGCCACCACAAGCACUCCCGCAAACACAAUUUACCAGAGGCUGCCGCAGGAAGCAGCUGAUAUAGCAGCUCAGGUCGCUGUAUCAUUGCCGGAACUUCUGCCGGAACCCGAAUCCGACACCAGUGCCAUCUUUGAAGACGGAGAUGGUGAUGACUACCAUGGCGGCGUUUCAGCUCUCGCUCCUUUCACUUCCACUGAGGCCCUUCGGGUGCUUGUGUCGGCGGGAGACUAUGACAUUGCCCUCAAAGUCCUUGACGAAUUGUUGGAAGUUGGGGUGGAUAUUCCUCUCUCACACACCUAUCAGUUAGCGGCCAUAAACUCAGUCAAGUCUCAAGCCCGCACCGAUGCAGAUAUGGAGGAACAAAUACGGACAUUCAAAAAAUGGUUCUCGUUAAUACCUGUCGUUGACUACUCCCGUCCCAACGCUCUCGAUCGCGUCAUGCGCAGAGUUUUGUCCUCCUCACUCAAUUCCAUUUCACUGGUUAUGGAGUUCGGGCUCCUAGCCGCCGACAAAGGACAUGCUCCUCACAUUUCUCAACGCGUCCUCGGUUUCAUUUGCAUGUACGGCGAGCCUGCUCAGGCCAUCGUUUUUCUGGAGGAAUUUUGUCAACGACACGCAUCUUUUGUUGGAAAAGUCGAUGAAUCUCCCGUAUAUGCCGCUUUUCGGACCACCGCCUUGACUUCAGCCAUACGAACCCUAGCCAACGCCGGACGUUUUGACCACGCUAUCAAGCUUCUCCCUGCACUUCCAAGAAUACGCUUCGAUCCGUCCCUCUACAAUUUCCUCAUUCGCAAGAUGCGCGCUGCUGGGGGCUCGCGCUAUGACCCGCUCAUCGAAUUGGUCGCAGACUGCAAGACAAAAGCCUCUCACUCCUACAACCCAGAUAUCAUGCCUCCAGCUGAUCUUUCGAUUUGCAUUCAAUGUCUAGUGGAUGUCGGCCAACCUGACAUGGCUAUCAAGUUAUUACCGCACCUCGGUGGUCCUCAGUCGGAACUGGUGGUGAAAACACUUGACUACAUCCAAACCCGCUCCAAUACGUCCUUUUCGUCUCCAUUGAACGCACAAGAUCAUCCACAACCUUACCCUGCAGAAGACGGGUCAAAGGACACAGACCAAAGUCGACGAUUUGCAUUCGUCGUCCGAAAGUUGGCCAAUGCUUGGCUGCUCGACGAGGCCCUUGCCAUCUUGCCAACAUAUCAUAGCAACAACGCUGGUCUUCAUUUGUCCAUAUAUGCUCUACUACUUCGAAAGCUCAAAGCCUCCUUCGAUCCAAAAUACCUUUCUUCCAUCGAACAGCUCUUGCGACUGCACGAACAAACAGCGGUCGCAGCUCGUAGUGGUCGAGAUUGGCUGGAAAUAAAUAUGGAGGAAAUGCCCACACCUCAACUUGCCCCAAUUCCGACCUCGACACAACCGCCACACUCCACGUUUGGCAUGGCGCAGAGCCUUCGAGGACUGCGAAAAGGUUUCCAUAGCCCAACACCUUCCCGCAUGCCAAGCGCAGUCAGCAUCGUGCAGUUUUUUCACGACUACCUUUCGUCUGGGAGGACACAGGCCAUUCGCUUGCUCCGUAAUGCGGCGUUCCGCACUCAUACUGGCUCCGGAAUAUACAUAUUGGCUGAACUUCUCUUCCAUGAAGGUCGACAGGAACCUGCUGAAGUCAUCAAAACUUUCGCGACUUACUUCUUUAUCGUUGGGCUUCCCCGCGACGAACUCCUCCCCCAUCUUAGAGUUGAAGCAGAAUCAGACACAAACAUAUCAGGAGGCCUCCAACAAGCCAAACGACAUCCCGACCCAAAACAUACUGCUGUCGUAUGGCGAGCUUUACUUGAGCUGGCUGAAAACAAUGCCCAUCUAGAAACGCUCUAUCGCAAACUGUUGGCAUUUGCGAGGAUGGGUAUGGCGCCGGCUCCUGCUGUAAACCGCGGGGUCCCAUUGCUUCUGCCUCCACCUGCCUGGAAGACUGGUGUCAGUCAAGCAUCGUUUACUCCUUUUAUACGACGCCUAACUUUGGCGUUUGGACCGGAGCGAGGCCUUCACGUCCUGGGAGAUAUGGUCAAACUCGGGAUUUCACCUUCCAUUCAUCAACUCACCGAACUCGCCAUGGCAUAUUCUCGUGGGGGUCAAGUCAAACACACUUUCGCGUUGCUCGGUCAAGCGGAGCGCGCCGCUGAUGCCAAAGCCCGAUCGUCGCAAGGGCCCACGAAGGGUCCCACAGUCCCUGGUGUUGACCUUGUUCUUUACGGAGCCGUUAUCCGUGGCUUCCUUAGUAGUGGUCAAAUUGCCGCAGCAAGAGAGGUUGUUGGUCGCAUGAUGCAACGAUUUGGUGGAGACAUCGAAAAGAAUGAGUAUAUCCAGUCUCUGCUAGAAAAUGUCGAACAGGCGGAAGCAGAGGACCCAUAG